CAAAAAGGACGUGUGCAGCUCAGCCAUUUAAGAUACCUGUUAGCGCGCUAAUUGCUUGUCUCUUACGACUUGGUUUGUAUUUUCUUCCAUUGGCGUUUAAAUAAUUAUUUGAAGUAUACAUAAUAUAUGUAGUUAACCGGUGAAUCCAAUGGCGUUUAAUGGCCAUCAAUGCGACGAUGACAUUGUCGACGAAACGCCCUCGAAGCUGCCGAGGUGCAACCAGGAGAUGCCCGGUCACUUCAAAAACGAGCCCCAAAACGAGGCGACCGCGGCGGAUGGAAGAGCGACGUGCGAGCGGCGGACAUCCAACUCGACGCCGAGGCAUCGGAAAGACUCGGUUAAGAAGACGAGGCCGCCAUUUCCUUGGUUUGGAAUGGACAUCGGUGGCACCCUGGUGAAGCUUGUGUACUUUGAGCCCAAAGACAUCACAGCAGAGGAAGAACAGGAGGAGGUGGAGAACCUGAAGAGCAUCCGGCGCUAUCUGACUUCCAACACGGCCUACGGCACGACCGGCAUCAGGGAUGUGCACCUGGAGCUGCAGGACCUGACGCUGUGUGGCAGGAAAGGCAACCUGCACUUCAUCCGCUUCCCCACGCACGACCUCCCCGUCUUCUUACAAAUGGUCCGCAACAAGCACUUCUCCAGCCUCCACACCACCCUCUGCGCCACAGGAGGGGGGGCGUACAAGUUUGAGUCUGACUUCCGCACGAUGGCCGACCUGCAGCUCCACAAGCUGGACGAGCUGGACUGUUUGAUCCGAGGGGUGCUGUACAUCGACUCGGUGAUGUCCGGUGGUCCGGUGGACUCUGAGUGCUACUACUUUGAAAACCCGACAGACCCUGAUCACUGUGUGCAGAGACCCUAUCCACUGGAGAAUCCUUAUCCSCUGCUGUUGGUCAAUAUUGGCUCUGGAGUCAGUAUUCUGGCCGUGUACUCAAAGAACAACUAUAAACGAGUCACUGGAACCAGCCUGGGUGGUGGGACCUUCCUUGGCCUGUGUUGCCUGCUGACUGGCUGCUCCACUUUCGAAGAAGCCCUAGAAAUAGCUUCUCAGGGGGAGAGCACCCGUGUGGACAAGCUGGUUCGGGACAUCUACGGAGGCGACUAUGAGAGGUUUGGUCUGCCGGGCUGGGCUGUGGCCUCAAGUUUUGGCAACAUGAUGUGCAAAGAAAAAAGGGAGUCUGUGUCCAAAGAGGAUCUUGCCCGGGCSACGCUGGUCACCAUCACCAAUAACAUCGGCUCCAUCACCAGAAUGUGUGCUCUGAACGAGAACAUUGAGAGAGUGGUGUUUGUUGGGAACUUCCUGAGAGUGAACACGCUCUCCAUGAAGUUGUUGGCCUACGCCAUGGAUUAUUGGUCCAAAGGUCAGCUCAAAGCUCUCUUCCUCCGACACGAGGGUUACUUUGGUGCUGUUGGAGCCCUGCUAGAGCUCCUGCAUCCGUCUGAAUCAUCCACUAACUUCAGCUGAAGAAGUAAAUGUCAAUCUGCUGCAGCUAUUAGCACUUUAGACUGUUGAGGAUUAAAUUCUACAGUGUUGCGUUGCUCAAGCCACCCACCAGUUGUAACACUGUAAAAUGUGUUUGUGGUCGACGCACUCAGAAAAGCCGGGAUGUUUUCAGACAUUGUUUCAGACUGGUUUGAAAGAUUGUGAAAGUUUUUUUAUUUUUUUGAAACGUUUGUUCUAAUGUUCUGUGAAUCCAGGUGGUGAAAAAAAAAUCUGAUGGAUAAAAGGAGACUAAUAAGGUGUGGCAGUCCCCUCUCACAAAACAACAAAACAGAAUUUCAAAGUGUUGCCUCUGGGCCAAAUGUGGUUUUAAACAUACCAUAAUUUUAUGCAACAUCGGUAUUAAAAUGAUGAAAGUUGUUUUAUAAAGCUGUUUGAAAAAUCACGCAAAGUGCUUAAAAUAUUUUAGGAACAAUUUUAAACCCAACAUAUUUCAUGGGUUUUAGAGUAUUACAUUUUUUAUGAAAAAAAAUCCUUAAAAAGGAAAUUGUCUGUUUUUUAUGUAGUUGUUUGGACUUCUCAGUCACAAAAUUAGUUGCAUCUAAAGGUUCAAUGAUUCCUGUCAGUUAAAAGUACUUUGUUAGUUAUUGUGGGCUUCAAGAAAUAGAAAUGCUAAUAAACUUGUUGCACUUGAUGAGGUAAAACAUCAUCAGUCUUCUGAUCACUUUGUCACCAAAUUACCUGCAGCAAUAAUGCUGUUAUAAAUUUAGAAUUAGCUGAAAAUACCUACUAUUUCAUUUAACCAUUACUGUAAUAGAAUGUAUACAUUUUUAAAUGUAUUUUGUCUUUUUUGCUCAGUGAAUGAUUGUCAAUGAUUUCUCCUAUCUGCUUGUAAAGGUUGCUGCACCACAAUCAUCUGCAUUACUGAAGUGCCUUCAGGCCAGUGGUGUUUGUACACGUUAGGAGUAGUUAGUAAUUAGAYAGAUGUGCACGAAUAAAUACACGUCCAAAAAAAAGGCACAAUUUUACCAGUUUAACAGAAGAAUUAAAGUUGAGGCUUCCCUCCAAUGGAGGAAUAAAACACUUCUGUUCCGUGUGUACACCAAUGUUUGAGCUUUUCCUGUUUGUUUUUUAUAUUUGUUCACUGAUCUGUUCAGUAAUCAGUCCAUUAAUUACAGGGACAAUAACUCACAUUAAACUUAUUUACUCAUUUAUUUAGUUACUGUGAAUAGCUUGGAAGUGCCUGCCAUGGUCUGUGUAAAUAAAGUUCAAAUUGUCAUUUUUUAUGUUUUUUAAUGAUUUUUUUUUUCGGUAUAACAUUGCUUUUGUUCGCAAAUCUCACUGUUAAAUAUAAAUCAUUUACUUCUUGGCACUUGUUACAUUUUGUUAAACUUGUAAAGUUGUUUUAAAAUAAGUUCAAUAAAAUUUGUGCCUGAUG